ACACGACGGGGAGAAGAAGUGUGUGUGUGUGUGUGUGUGUGGCUCCACCACUACAACCCCGCGGCGGACGAACAUCCGGGUAUUCUGUCGAGAUGGUCAUGGCGGAGGGUGCUGCAGUUCUCAGGAGGAAUCGGCCUGGAACCAAGGCGAAGGAUUUCUACAACUGGCCGGAUGAAUCCUUUGAGGAGAUGGACAGCACCCUGGCUGUCCAACAGUACAUUCAGCAGAACAUUCGGUCAGAUUGCUCCAAUAUCGACAAAAUCCUGGAGCCCCCGGAGGGUCAGGACGAGGGCGUGUGGAAGUACGAACACCUCAGGCAGUUUUGUUUGGAGCUCAACGGACUUGCUGUAAAACUGCAGAGCGACUGUCAUCCAGACACAUGCACCCAGAUGACGGCCACAGAGCAGUGGAUCUUUCUAUGUGCUGCCCACAAGACACCCAAAGAGUGCCCUGCCAUUGACUACACCAGGCACACGCUGGACGGAGCUGCCUGUCUUCUCAAUAGCAACAAAUAUUUCCCCAGCAGGGUGAGCAUCAAAGAGUCGUCAGUGGCCAAACUGGGUUCCGUGUGUCGUCGCAUCUACAGGAUAUUCUCUCACGCCUACUUCCAUCACCGCCAGAUAUUCGACAAGUACGAGAAUGAGACGUUCCUGUGUCACCGGUUCACACGCUUCGUCAUGAAGUACAACCUGAUGUCCAAGGACAACCUGAUCGUUCCCAUCCUGGAGGAGGAAGUGCAGAACACCUCGUCAGCCGGGGAGAGCGAGGCCUGAGACGCAGAACAACACGCGCACACACACACACACACACACAUACAACAUUACAGAGGAGACACACACACACAUAUAUAUACACACUACAGUGUUGAGUAACACUGUCCAUGUUCCUCCUCCCCCCGUCACCUGUGUCUAUCUCAAAGGGAAGUGAAGGGUAAAGAAAGCGAAGGGGCAGAUUUUCCGCCUCGUCCGCAGGGCGACAUCUUUUUCUAGUUCCUCUCUCUGUCGGGUUAGAUUCCCUCCGUGUCUCUGGAUACGGCCCUGCCCUGCGCUCACACUACUCCUCUAAGGAACAAAACCAUUUUCUUUCUUCUUCUUCUUCAAGCAGCUGGAUUUGCAAAAAACAGAACAAAAAAAUCAACCUAUGUAACCAUGGUGACCUGUAUUGUUGACAAAGGCACACACACUGACAGCCUCCCCUUCUGUAUAUACCCCCCCUCCCCUCACUAUCAUGUUUUCUGAUGGUGCCUCACGUUUUCUUCUUUGUGUCGGCUUCUCCUCUGUUUGCUCGUGUUUCCAUCCAGCUUGGUUUUUCUUUUCGGGGGCCGUCCCAUGAAGCGGAUCUCUUAUCUAAAUUUCGCCUGCUGACUUAAUGAUGCUAUUAAAAAACACAGUGUAGGUGUGCGGCUUGUGUGGUAGUGAACAAAGACAACCUUUAAUCUCUAGCUUUGUACGUGUACUAGCAGCCAGGUGGCGUCGUCGUCUCUUGGGCCUCCCAGGUGACGUUUCGGAGUAACUCUGAUCCUGCUUUGUGACCUGCCCCCCACCCAACCCCACCCACCCCUCAUGUACAAUGUUCCUGAUGUUCCUCCUUCCUUGACAUGACGAUUGGUGGGCGAAGACUGCGCUGCUGUAAGCCAGUUUUUUACCGAUUCCAACGCUUGGCGAGUCAAUAUGUCGAGGAAGGAGGAACAUCGUCCACAUUUAAGUGUCGGAGCACAACCUCCCUUCCCUCAUUAAGUUAUUCUGUGGGAGGAGUCUUUGUCAGUCCAACCCACUCUUUUUUUUAUGGACUAAAAACAAUUUUGUUACUGUCGACAUUUACAUGAUGUCUGUUAAUAAAAAAGACCUAUUAUUCA